UUCCUAUUUCACAUCAAAUCUGUCUAAUAAUCAAACUAACAUGUUCAAUUGUUAACUUCACUUAUCAUAAUACCUUCAUGAACAAGAUAAUUACUAUGAUUUAUAUUUAUAAAGGGACAAAAUAAUCAACUCAUCAGUUUCAGAAAUGGCACACAAGAACAUUCCGAUUCGUUUCAUUGCAAUAGCAUUUUUGUUACUGUUGUUGCAAGGAUGUGUUGCCGAUAGUGCGAAAUUGAAAAAUGCAUUGAAGAACUCUUCGGGAACAGGCAAUAAAACGAGUAAUGACAAUGAUGAUGAAAAUAUCUUCAAGGAAGAAGCAUCAAAGUAUUUGCCUCAAUGCAGUUCAAACAGAUCGGAAAACUAUGGAGAUUCGAAUGAUGGUAACGAGGACAACUAUAAACACACAAACGGCAAUAACAACAAGAAUAAAAAAGGAUAUUAUACAAGUUUUGCUUAUGGAACUGAAGACAAUCAAAAAGAUGAAAAAAAUCCAUAUAGCCACGACUACACUAGAAAUAAUAACAGGAAUUCUUAUGGCAAUCUAAAAGGCAAUGAUGAUAAUAAUAAUAAUAAUUCGUACUCCAAUUAUGAUAACAAUAAUAAUGGCCGAAAAUGUAAUAGAGGUUCUCACAAUACGCAUGGUGGCGCCGGCAAUAACGGGGAAAGUAAUAACUACAACAAAUAUGAAUAUAAUCCUACUAGUAAUUACGGUAGUAAUGGAUAUAUCAAGGGAUACAAUUCAAACAGGGAGAUCCAAAAUUUUGAAUCGACAAGGGGAGAAACUUCAUCCAAUAUUUAUGGUUCCAACAGAGACAACUCGUAUGGACAGCCAAAUAGUUACAAUAAUGACAACUACUACAGUUCUAGUUCGGACCGAGAAACAACAGGUUACUCGUACGGGCAAAGAACAAGACGAGGGAGUAAUUACAACAGAGAAUAUGAUAAUCAGUGCACCAGUCAAUGCAUAUUUGGAUACAUGGAAUUGUUAGAUGAUGAUCGACUUCCGUCAGAAACAUUGGUUAUCAAGUGGAUUCAAGAUCACAUUACAGAUGAUGAUAUGAAAAGAAUUACAAGUUUGAGAGAAAUCAGAAAAUGUUUCGGAAGGUUAUCCGCUUCAGAUAUUGAAGAUGGUUGUGAAUAUUCAAAGGAACUAGGAAAGUGCAUGAACCUGGACUUGAAUUGAAAAUAGAUUAUAUAUUAUUGUAGACGCUUUAUUCAAUUUAAUAAAUGAUUAUGAA